UUUGGCUGCUUGGACUUAGAAUCUUCUUAACAAGUCUAUAAGGUUUUGGUGAAGACGGAAUGUUGCUCUGGCUAAUGCUUCCUACUUAAAGAACUAUUUGCCACACAGCUUGCCCCUUCUCUCACAUCUAUACUUGAAGACUAGACAUCCACAGAGGUGGGAGGGGUUUUUUAAUAUUAUUGUUUAUUUGGAGUGAGCAGCUGUUGAAGUUUCCUCCAUUGAAGACCAUGGCAAGAUGGCAGAAAGUCUCCUUCCUCAUGCUCCUGUGCUUUCUGAUUCACAUUCAAGGUCAAGAUGAUUUCGAUUUAGCAGAUGCACUUGAUGAUACUGAAGAAAUCACAAGGAAACCUAAUCCAAUUACUAGAAAACCAGGAUCAGAUAUUUACCCCAAACCCAACCCACCUAAUCGUCCUCAACCUGGAAUCUAUGACAAUCCUGGAGGUAAUAUUAAUGAUUUAGAUUUGGAUGAUGGACGCUACCCACCCAAACCUAGACCUCCAGCAGGAGGAGGUGGAUAUCAUUCCAAUAAUUUUGGCAACACACAUGGAGGAGGGGGCUAUAACUCCAAUUAUAAUAACCAUGGAGGAGGGGGAUAUAAUCCCAGUUCUCAUUAUGGAAAUAAUUAUGGUGGAGGAGGAUAUUCAAAUUAUGGAAACACACAAGGUGACUCAGUAGCUAGAAUUGUUUCUCCUAUUGUUUCUGUGGUUGUGGUAUCACUUAUUGGAGCAGCAACUAGCUAUUUUGCUUAUAACCGGAGGAGAAACUGCUGCAGAACAAAUGAGCCAGAAAAUGUUUGAAGGAGGCAAGCAAUCUGCAAUGAUUUUCACAUGAACUGGAAUAAGAUGGGAAUGGACAUUUAUUAUAUAUAUGCCAUAUAGUAUUUUUUAAUGUUGUGUAUGUAUAAUGUAGAUCCACCAAUUAAAUCCACCUAUUAAAACAAGUUUCUUCUCCUAAAAUCUCUAAUUCAUCUAAAUUAGAAUUCUAAUUUUCUUUGUAUAAUGAGGAUGCAAAGAUAUUUAUCUGAAGUUUAAUGAUUUUUUUUUUAAAGAAGUCUGAUCUAAUGGUCAUAUUAUUUAAUGUGAAAAUUAGGAUUUGCACACUGUUCAUGGUUCUUAAAAGCCCUUUUAUAAUAAUAUAUAAAUGUUUUAACUCUAGUAUUUGUGGCAUAAAGCCUGACUGGCAUUCCCAAUUCAUAUACAUUUAGUGAGAAAGAAAACAUGAAAAGAUAGUCCAUUCCAAUGAUAUUUUUGUUGGGAAAGUCACCAACACAAAUGAUGAAUUUUUAUUUCAACUAUAAGCUUUAAUUAUGAAUGAAAUUGAGCUACUCAUUUCUAACAUUGGUAGAAAAGCCUGAAUGUUAUAAUGUUGGCUUAUAUUUUUGUAACACUUGGGGCAUAAUUAUUAGGAGAAAAUUAAAUGGCAUUAUUAAAUUGAGAUUAUAAAUGCAAAGUGCUAAAAACAAAAUUUCUAAAUCAAUGAUUCUGAAACCUGGUACAUUCUUCUUGGGAUUUUUUCAAAAAAUAAGAGCUAAAAAUAUAGGUUUUUGCAGCAUCACAUAUAAAUUUUUAAAUGCAGAUUUCAACAAUUUUACUGAAAUAUUUUUAUAUGAAUGUGUGAUUUCUACCAAAUAGAAUGCAAGCUCCUUUAUGGUGAGGAUUGUUUCUUUUCAUUCUCUAUUAUCCCUAGGAUGCAGCAUGGUGUGUGAUACUUCAGUGGCACUUGUUAAUCCUUUUUGAUUGAUUAAUUAAUAAGACAUAUAUGGUACUAAUUUCUGAGGGAAAACUAAAGAAGUAGUUGUUCAUGGCAGUUAUGCUCAGCAAUGUUGGGAAAAAAUGGCAGUCACCUCCUUGGUUUAGUGCAGUGGAAAAGCUUAACUCUUCCUAAGAUUUAAAACUCAGAAAUGAACCAAAUCUGGUCUACCGACUACCUGCUACCUUUGCCUACAUAUUGGUUGUGGGGAAAUGAAAAAGAGGAAUGCUUUGGUAUAAGUACUUAUUAAUAAAUGAAACUUUAUAUAUAUAUGGAUGCAGAAUUUUACAAAUCCUACUAACUGGCUCCAUAGAGCUAAAACCCACACAUUGCUUUGUUCUGUAUGUUAUUGGUUUUUAAGAUUUCAACUUAAGAAGUUAGGAUCAAAAAACUUUUUUAAAGAUUUCAUACUUUGAGGAAGAUUGGAAAACAAAAUGAAACACCAAAAUCAGCUAAAACAUUAAUAGAGUAUCAUUACCAUUUAACACUGAAUUAUAUGUAAAUUAUCAUGUAACCUGAAUUCAUCCUUAUUUUGCCUCUUAUCAAAAUACUCUUCUGACAUUUAUUUAUGUGUAUCUUAUACAUAAUGUAAUAAUAAUCACUCUAUAUGAUGAAAAAUGUGUCCAACACAUAUUAAAACAUUGUAGAACAUAGGAUUUUUUUUUUGAUGAAAUCUUUAAUUUCUUAUAGGGCUAUUAUAUAUUUGUUCCAGUAAUUUUUUAAAGAUAAGUUAAAACAAAAACAAUCUUUUGCUUGUUACUUAUAUAUUUUGUUUUAUAAAUGUUUUUAAAGAGAUUUAUUGGGAAAAUCAUUUAGUGUCAAAUUCUAAAACCAAUUGUCAUUGUAUAUAGUCAACCUAUGUCUAAGUAAAAUAAAACACCUAUUUUAAAUUCCA